AUCGCCAGCUGACAACUGCUGUUGAAGUGCAUCUCACGUACGGAGAACUGUUUUCAGAGAAGUACGGAUUAUCCUGUUUUAUCGACAAACAGGAGGUGUGCUUUUCUUUUAUCAAAUAAGGUGAUCUAGGAUGUCGGCGAAAGAUAGGCUCCCGAACGACAUGACUGGUGGGACAAAUUGUUGAAUUGGACGUUGAACCCCCCCCACCAGUCUUUCCCGGUGGUUGCCAUGGAGCAACCCCAAGGGAACGCAAAUAACCUCCAGCCUCAAGACCUCUCCUUGACCUGCAGCCUUCCCUCUGUGAUCGAUCUCACCAGGAGAAGUGAGGAAUGUCACCCGAAAGCCAGCUCCAUGGAUCCCUUACGGGUGGUCAAGUCCUCCUCCUGGUACACAAACUCCGGCAGCAACAAAGGUCUACCCUUCCCCGAGCCUUCGUCCGAUCAAAGGCUUCAUUCUGGAGACCAGAUCCAACCCGACAACGCCUUUUCCAACACUACGGUCACCCUGUCUUAUGUGAGCAGGUCUCACGUCUUCUCCACGCACGAGUCCCAGCACUCACCCCUGUGUGGCGUACCGUCUAUCAGCAAAUUCUCUCUCUGCCCCACCUCAUGUAAACUGGAAGAGGAGUCUGAGGAGAUGGUGGAACUCAACCAGGAAGUGAGCCAGCACUACCUGCACCAGCAGGCAGACAAGCCCCUAGACCUAGCCUCCCAGUCCCAACCGACACGCCACGCCGUGUCCCCAACUCGGGCGGCGAGCGGGAACGUGGCGGGGGUGUGUCGAACACAGCUGCCUCGCGAGCUCAACGGAGGACACGCCGCCACGAACGGGUCCGUCGACGGACACGGGCGCCGGAGCACGCCUCCGGAGCGCCGUCCGUCUCAGGACGCGGCCCCCGGCGACGGAGGGCUGAGGAACGGCCGACGCAGCCGGUCCGACUCUGGCGUCCGCGCCGGGUCCUUACCGGAGCGCCACGCGUCCGACACCGAGGACGGGAGACGGGAGGGGAAGGACUCGGAGGUGCUGCUCCUCAUCUCCAGGACGGAGAACCCAGCGCUUCUUCCGGACAGGAGCCCCAGAGACCUUUGCGCCGUCGGCGGGGAGUACUCUAGCCCGCUGGAAGACCCUGUAUCCCCCUCUGCUACCUCGCUGGAAGACGUGUACCUCCUCCCCGAGGCGUCCAGCUCGCCCAGCGGCGACAACUCGCCGGCGGACGCCCGCUGGGACGAGCCGGAAAGGGCGGGACGGGAGACGCGGGCGGUCGAAGGGCCGGCGCUCGACCCCGGCUCCAGAGGGCACCCGGAGGACGCUCGCUCGGUGCCUUCGGAAGCCGUCAUCGACCUGACGGACGACGGGUCUGCGUCCGAGGCUCCGGAGGAGAAGGCCAAGGACGGCGCUCGCUCCCCUCACUUGAACGGUAACGCUAGGCUGGCACAGAACAGCUUUGAGAAGAAGAAACUGCCCCCACGCUCUGGGAGGGGCACGAGGCUGGAGGCCAUCGUGAUGAAUAUUAAUCCCACCUGGUAUAAAGUGUCGGAAGCUGUGCGGCCCAGCAAGAAAAUCAAGGCUACGCAGGCCCAGAUGCAGACUGAGAUAAGUGCGUCUGAAGCUGUCGGCUCCUUAUCUGUAGGCCAGGAGGAAGUCGAGGAGAACGGCGCUCUCCCUCCAGAGAUCAAAAUCAAACUACACUCUGCACCCACACUGGAAAAGGGUAAAAAUAGCAUUCACAAAAGUACCGACAGUUACACAGAGUCUACCUCAGAUUUGGAACUUGCCAUUCCUCCUCAGCACACACACAACAGCUUCACUCCAAAAAGCCCACAGUCUGCGACAGACAAGGGGUCCCCAACUGAAGAAUCCCCGCCCGUAUCCGACCCAGAGCCCCCCUCAAUCGUCGAUGUGACGGGAGAUUCCUCACCAGCCAAAGCUGAGAAGAAAUCUCCCCCAAAGCAGAAGGCCAAGGCCUCGGCCAGCAAAGUGCCUCCUUCCAAGAGGAAAAGGCCAAAAUACAAUGCCUGCCAACCCUCCAUGUUCUCCCCGAAGGAGCCGGAGAUCAGGCUGAAGUACCUCCACUACAAGGAGGAGAAGAGGGACCUGAGGGCCAUGGACAGCUUCUCUCCCUUCAUCCAGGUGGAGCGAAAGCGGGUCCCGUCCACCUGCAUGGUCAUCAACUACCCAGAGGAGGACGCAGCCAGGCUGAAGAAGGGCCAUCAGCAGGCCAGCUCAGGGGGCUUCAUCCCUGGGGCCAUCCCCACCACCUCCUGCCUGCAGCCCGGCCGGGUCUCCACCCACAGCCCGUACCAGAACUCCCUGGUCUGCUGCCUGUGUGGUGGGUCAGCCAACGCCCUGGACCUGGGAGACCUCCAUGGACCCUAUUACCCAGAGGGCUACAGGCCCAGGGCCAAGACCCCCGCCAGCACAGGUGUGAAAGAGGAGGAGGAGGACAGCGACUCGGACUCGUCCUUCAGCAGGAGAGGGAGGAAGUGUGCUCGGCCACCGGGGGUGUGGACUCACCGCCCCGCCCCCCGACACAGUCAGGACAAGAGCCUGCUGGGGAGCCACCCCAGGUGGACCAGCUACACCGACCAUUCCAGCAGCCCUGCGGCCAAGCGGGCCAGGGCAGGGGCCGAGUCUCUGGAGGCGUCAGGGCCGGAGGCGGGGACCCUGGAGGGGGCUGGGCCUGGGGGCCGGGCGACGGAGGACUGGUACGCCCCCCCCGUGGUGCCUCUGGAACCGUGUGAGUACUGGCUGCACGAGGACUGCUGCGUCUGGUCUGCAGGCGUGUUCCUGGUGAAGGGGAAGGUGUACGGACUGGAGGAGGCAGUCAAGGUGGCUCAGGAGACGACCUGCUCUGGCUGCCAUAACCCAGGUGCCACGCUGGGCUGCUUCUUCAAAGGCUGCCCCAACAAAUAUCACUACAGAUGUGCCCUACAGUCAGACUGUGUGCUCAUCGAGGAGAACUUCUCUAUGAAGUGUAGAAAGCACAAGAACAAGUCAUUGAAAGGCCCCCCGGGGGGCAGGCGAGACGGCAGGUGACCUGCCCAGCCGGGACUCGCUUCCUGAUUCACACGACAUUCAACUGUGGCGUUCUCAAGACUUUGUCGCGGAAGCCCGGUAACCAUGGUGACAGCGGAACCCUGCCCUGCUGACUGACAGGCAGGCUCAGAUGGAAUGGAAAAAAACACCCACAAACCUUAACAAACCCUCUACUGGGAACACGCCGCUAGACAGCUGACUGGUCUGGUCCCGUCGCCCAGUGUCCAGACUGACCGGGACAGCCCAGGCCGGGACAGACCCAGUUCACUACUGGGAAGAGACUUUCACUUCUCUCAUAAUGGCAUAUCCAAACUGUGCCAUAACUUCGUAAUUAUUUAUGAGUUUGGGGGGGGGGGGGGGGGGGGAGGAGAGAUGGGGUUUUUUCUCUCCUCCUUUUGAAUGGAAUGAAUUGUAAAGCUUUGUAAGUAUGUCAUUUGACUUUGAUUAUUUAUUUCUGGGGGAAUCUCGUGGCGUUUUGGUUUGCAGUUAACCCAGAGCUUAACUCUUAUGUGUUCCGAAGACAUUGGUGAGGUCACUCCAUGCAGGGGAUUGUGGGAACGCUGUUAGCAUGGUGGCCGAGAGAGAGAGAGGAGGAGGAGAAACCAUCUCUAGUUCAGCUAACCUAUGGCUUGUCUGUGACCCUUCUGUAAACGCCACUUCACACAGCGCAGGGACCGUGACCUCGCCGGAGAGGGAGGCACGGGGCCGGGGGUGAGUUCAGGAAGUACGACUGACUUGCACUAAACAGUCGGCCGGUUAACUGUAUCGCGAUUUCGGAUCCCGAGGAGAAGAUAACGACAGUAUGGUUUCGUUUGUUCGUCUUGUGAAUGUACUUGCCCGCCCCUCCACCAAACGAGGGAUCGUGUAGGAGCAGGAAGCACUUUUGAGUGAUGCUUGGUGAAUGAAACUGCCAAGGACAGUACAAGGUGGUGCAGUAUUAUCUAUAUCGUGUUGGCUGGCCCUACUGUGUAUCCUGCUCAGAUUAUCAGUCAGAGAGGACCUGGCUCAUCUCACAGCUAUUUGUCACUGCUCGCACACAGACACAGUCUAACUGUGCAUGCAGACUAUCCGACAUACAGGCACGCAGUCAAACUGUGCAUUCAGACAGACAUACACGCCUUGAUUGUUUUCGGUUGGCUUACAGCACUUUGCACAUCUGCUUUUAUGCUUGAAUGUUUAGCCUGUAGACUGCAGACUGGAGUUCUGAGAAUGGUGUUCUCUUGUAGAUGCACCUCUGCAGAACCCUGGGUUCUCCUGUAGAAAACACCUCUGCAGAAUCCUGGGGUACCCUGUGGGAACACCUCUACAGAACCUGAUGUUCCCCUGUAGAAACACCUCGACGGAACCCCUGAAAUCUAUGUAUUGAACCCAGCUUGUCCUACUUGGACUCGACCAGACUGUUUAGAGAGACUAGGAGGGAUGGAGUCCAAUUCUUUCCAUUCAGAUACUUGGUUUGCUUUGUCUUCUAAGAUGCCCCGUCAGUCAUCUUUGUGGGUCUGAGGAAUCUCUCCCCCCCCCCCAACAAACUUUAUUUUCCUGUAACUUAUUUUGGACCUGUGACGCUAGUUGAUUUUUAUGUUUCAAUUUCAGUCUGUUCAAUACGUUAUUGAAUUACAUUUCUUACAUGGUUUGAUGUAAGCCAACACUCAUUACCUAUAACCACACUCGGUUGAGCUUUGCUGUAGGGCUUCUCAAAAAGAGCAUGUUUGUUCUUUGGAAACGACAGGAAAUGUCUUCUUCUGUUAUCUUUGCAAUUCACUCUUGUUACUAAUGUAAGAGAGAGAGAGGUCCUGGGAGCGGUGGAGUUGGUGUGUAGCUUAUUUAUAAAACAUGGUUUGACUUUGAGGCUCACAGCUUCUGGAUAAUAGUAUUUAUUGAUAUUUCUCAUCAGCUUUUAUCAACUUUUGCUGAUGAGAUCUGUUUACGUUUCCACAGGAACCUUCUCACAAGCCUUAUGACAACUACUAAAUAUCCAUUUCUUUCGUCGCCAGCUACGGUGCGCAGACAAAUCAGUUGAUGGUCAGGGCCUUCCUCCAGUCAAGCACGUGAUGGAAAGUUUGCUUCCCGCUGCAAACAUUUCCUCCUCCUCCUUCUGGGGUUGGACCCAGUAGUGUGUCCAGGGAAGGAGCGAUUGACAGUUCUGCUUUUUCAUUCAGGUUCUGCAGCCUAGGUCAACAGAGGGGGAUCGCGUGUUGUUGAUGUGCAUGGGUUUCUGCAUAACGCCACUAGGGGCGCUGUUGUGUUGUAUAAGAUCCGUGUCAACCUGUGGGGGUGGGCGGGUUGUCGCAGCCAGGGGUGGAAUGUUACAGAGAUCACACACACUCACACAGACACAACUCAUGGCUCUCCUCUGUGUCCGUGAGGCGGUGGAACCUUUUUGUUGUGCCAUCUGGUCUGUUUCUUUCUUGUUUCACGGUGAAACCGACAGUGUCUGAAUCAAACCAAGUCAAUUAAACGUAUGUUACGUCACCCCAGGCCCUAAAUGUCACUGCAAGUGUGUUCAGUUUAAUCAGCCAGAUGCAUUGUACCAAAUAUGUUUGUUUUUUUACAGUUGCAGAAUUUUGGGUUUCUUAUGUAUUGUUUCCAUGUAAAAAAAUAAUAAUUAUAAUCUCAGGGCUGACUGCUAUUCAAAUGAAUUGAUAAUUUUAUUGUUAUGAAUUUGUGUCUUUUUUUUUCUUUUUCUUUUUUUACGGAUCAUUAAAUGAAUCACCCAUUGACUGGAGUAAUGAUAAAAAGUAGCAGCUUUCGAGUGGUACAGCGCCAGAUGCUCCUCACAUUCCACCACCUCAGUUUGCGGGCUUGUCACUUUCGAUCACGACACAAGGCCUGCAAAGUCGUCUCAUAUUCUUCCUUGUUUUAACGGCGACCUUAGGCUACUGAUGUCAUUUUGUACUGUUUUUGUUUUCCUUUUCAUCUUCUUUUUUUUUUACCUCUAGACUGUCGAGGGGUGAUUGUGCAAAAAUAAAUAUUUUAUUGAACCCUG